CAACCAAAGAAUAUGGGGUGUCUUGGCUGAAUCUCCAUACAGACAAGAUCAUUAUGACCCUGGUUGAAACACUGACACAGUAAUUGAGGAAACAAGGGAGAAAACUCAGAAGGAAAAGAAAAAAUUGAUUGAUCUAUGGGACCAGCCUGUUUGCUGUAAGACUGAGCCAAAGGGAAUGACUUAAGAUCCACUGCAGGUGUGUGAACAAGACUGCUGCUUCAACAAAACCCUAGACCCAACCACACCGUGAGAAAAGAAUGGCCACUUCCCAGGGUGCAGUCUUUUUCAUGCUGGUGGUAUCCUGUGUUUGCAGCACUGUCUUCCACAGGGACCAACAGACUUGGUUUGAGGGUGUCUUCCUGUCUUCCAUGUGCCCCAUCAAUGUCAGUGCCAGCAUCUUGUAUGGAAUUAUGUUUGACGCAGGGAGCACUGGAACUAGAAUUCAUGUUUAUACCUUUGUACAGAAAACACCAGGACAGCUUCCAAUUCUAGAAGGGGAAAUUUUUGAUUCUGUGAAGCCAGGACUUUCUGCUUUCGUAGAUCAACCUAAGCAGGGUGCUGAGACUGUUCAAGAACUCUUAGAGGUGGCCAAAGACUCAAUCCCCCGAAGUCACUGGAAAAGGACCCCAGUGGUGCUGAAGGCAACAGCGGGACUGCGCUUGCUGCCAGAACAGAAAGCCCAGGCUCUGCUCUUUGAGGUAAAGGAGAUCUUCAGGAAGUCACCUUUCCUGGUGCCAAAGGACAGUGUUAGCAUCAUGGACGGAUCCUAUGAAGGCAUAUUAGCUUGGGUUACUGUGAAUUUUCUGACAGGUCAGCUGCAUGGCCACAACCAGGAGACCGUGGGGACCCUGGACCUGGGGGGGGCCUCCACUCAAAUCACAUUCCUGCCCCAGUUUGAGAAAACCUUGGAACAAACACCUAGGGGCUACCUCACUUCUUUUGAGAUGUUUAACAGCACUUAUAAGCUCUAUACACAUAGUUACUUGGGAUUUGGAUUGAAAGCUGCAAGACUAGCAACUCUGGGAGCCCUGGAAACACAAGGUAUUGAUGGACACACUUUCCGAAGUGCCUGUCUACCGAGGUCGUUGGAAGCAGAGUGGAUCUUUGGAGGUGUGAAAUACCAGUAUGGUGGAAACCAAGAAGGGGAGAUGGGCUUUGAGCCCUGCUACGCCGAAGUCCUAAGGGUGGUACAAGGAAAACUUCACCAGCCAGAGGAGGUCCAAAGAAGUUCCUUCUAUGCUUUCUCUUACUAUUAUGAUAGAGCUGCUGACACAGACAUGAUUGAUUAUGAAAAGGGGGGUGUUUUAAAAGUUGAAGAUUUUGAAAGAAAAGCCAGGGAAGUGUGUGAUAACUUGGGAAACUUCACCUCCGGCAGUCCUUUUCUGUGCAUGGAUCUAGCCUAUAUCACAGCCCUAUUAAAAGAUGGGUUUGGAUUUGCAGACAGCACCAUCUUACAGCUCACAAAGAAAGUGAACAACAUAGAAACAGGCUGGGCCUUGGGGGCCACCUUUCACCUGUUGCAGUCUCUGGGCAUCUCCCACUGAGGACACACACUUCCUCUGAGGCCUGCAUUUGCCAACAACCUUUUUAAAGGGAGGAUGAGAAAGGACUUCGUUAUUUUCUGAGCGAGUCUGGGGACAACCUAGACUGAAGGCCAGCUUUAUUUAGGAGAAAGGGGGCUUUUACAGAUGGGUCUUACCCUUGAGCCUAGAAAUUUGAGUUUAAUUUUACACAUCUAAUGUAAACUACCUAAUCACUUAGUGUGUACUGCUCACGCCAGAGUCUAAAUCUUUGGGAUUCUUUGUGUGUUGACAGAGAGCCUGUGAGCCAAAAAGUGUAGCUUUGGAAUUCAACCUUGGAGAGCCCAGGGACAGGUCCUUGGGAACCAAAGAAAAAUCUCAUUUCAACCCUUUGAGUGCCUCAUUCCUUUAAACAUUUUCCUUUUCUUCUUACAUGCUAAAUUAAGCUGAUUUAUUAUAAUCCCAUGACCUAUCAAUACCAUCUUGUUUUCUUCCCUAUAUACUGCCCUGCCCUACCUAUAUUUGCACCCACCUCUCCCAAAGAGGAAAAAAAAAUGGUUUUGCUUUCCAUUUUUACAAAAAGGUACUAUAUCAGAAUUUGAUCCUGUUCUAUGCUAGUUCCAAUCAGCCAACAGAGAGCCAUGCUAAACGGUAAGAGAAUGGAGAGUAACUCAUAACUGUGCAGCCUUAAGACAGGCGGCCAUCCAGAGGGUGUGUGGCUGCCUCAUGUAGCUCACCUUCUUGAUUUAAUCAAGUUUUAAAACUCAACUCUGGGAUUAAUGAGCAUGUCCUACUUUAUGUGUGUAUUCAGUGCUAGUACCACUCCUACGCUAACGUGUUCAUAGUAUUUUCUGUGGUCCUAAACUUAUUUUCUUUGUAUUUCUAAGAAACAGAAUUAUACACUAGUUUUGGGUCUGUGGUGAGAGCUGUUAAUCUGUGCUAUUCUAGAAGUAAGGGACUAGACCAGCUGUUAAUCUGUGCUAUUUAUAAAAUUUGGGCAUACCCUCUCUUUCAGAUUUCCCUUUUAUGUUCUCCAUUUAUAGCGAUACCUUCUGCCCUAGCUAGGGAGCAGUUUAACUAAUAUCCUGAGUUAUUUAUCUAGUGCCGGGGUGUCCAAUUCCCUUCCCAAUACCCCACGUUUGAUUUGGUUGGCUCUUUUGAUGCACAUCAGUACAGUGGACCAGCAUCUCCAGAGAGAACCAUAUUUAAUGACUUUUAAGUUCUGAGCCUGAAGGCUCAAAGCUCUUAAUUUUGUGAAUUGUUUUCCCCAGAAGCCAUGAUCUUAUACUUCUCCAUGUGGCAGUCAUCUGCUUCUUAUCCACCUCAGUGAAUAAGAACACCUUUAGUGUUCUAAGAUCUUCCUGUGGUCUGGCUUUACUUCCACCUUCCUUGUUUGUAUCUCCCCAAAGAGUAGACUCCUUUCAUUCCUCUCUCUCACAAAGAAUGUUACUGACCCUCACACCAGUUCCUAGGGAACUUCCCUUGUGUCCAUAAAUAUUUAACAUCUGUGCUGUGCAAGGAACUAAGCAAAUUUCAAUAUCCUUAUCCCCAGAUUUUUUCAGUUCAAAGUGGAAUUUCUUCAGACUUUUCACACUUACUAAGCUCAGCUUAGUACUUAUUGCCUUCUUCAAUAAAUGCUAAUCUAGAGUUAGAAUCUUGAGUUAAAAAUAGCACAAAAUACAAUCUAAUCUACCCAGUGCACUAUUCCUUCACCUUUCACAACAGGUUACUGUUCAGCUUCUGUCUAGGCAUGUUUUCAGACAGCCCAUUCCAUGUGGGACUGUGCUCAUGUUAAAAAAAAUCCUUCCUUAUAUUGAGCUAAAAUAAAAUCUGCCUACCUUCUCAGUGUUCUUAGUUCUGCUCUGUUCCUUCCAAAGCCUUUCAAUAUUUUUAAGAAAGACCCUCCUAAGUUCUUUAUGGUCUCUUCUUUAACAUGUGACAGAUUUCUAGAUCCCUCACCAUCUUUGUCAAAAAAGUAAGGGGCUAGACCAGUCAUAGUACAUUAAAUGUCCCAGGUAUUAGGGAGACUAUGUCCUCCAGUAGAAACCAAGUUGUUACCCCAGGAGGUAAGGUAUGUUCACUAGACUCCCCCUGCUUGACAGGUUCAGAGACAUAAGAUUCCCUGGCCUUUACCACUACAGACUGUCUCUGAGACUUCUUAUGAACAGGAUCCAUUUUGUAGAGAAGCAAACAUUGUUCAGAAGGCUCCUUUGGCCAUCCCAGAUACCUUCAGAACUCAUGAAUAGAGGUAUUCUAUCUCCAGAAAUUUAUCUAAAUAUAUUUUAUUAAUCUUGAUUAGAACAUCUGGAGAAUGAACCAAUUUGUCCAUUUUACGAGCAAUUUAGAGUGAAAAUUUUUGUUUCUUAAAAGAAAAAAGCAAUUUGUGUACAGUGUCCAUUUUGACCCCAGUGUACUCUUUGGGCCUUUCUUUAAGGGGUCCUAUAGAUUCUAAUACUGCUGGUUAGUUUCUGCUCUGUAAAUGUGUUAAUGUAUUUAAAAUACUAGGACAUGGCCUGGCACGUGGUAGAUGUUGUGUUUGUUAUCAUCACUGUCAUAUGAAAAACAUCCUCUAUGGGUCAUGGAGGUCCUUGCAAGGUGUGCCUUAAAAUUCUUCAUCUUGCCUGAUGCUGUUUGCAUACUUUUGCAGAAUCUGUGUUCUCCACACCUAAGCCACUUUUCUCUUUUUUUAUGAAAAAUGACCUUGUCCCUACAGUCUCUGCUAAUAGUCACAGAGCUUUUCACAGCAGCUGCCAUCUUUUAUUUUGGGCACAUUUUUCCUAAGAUUCCAGGAUGGGUUGUGACAUUGUUAUUUUUUUACUCUAGUAUCUCACACAUUUUCUACAUUUGCCUGAAAAGCUCCCCUAUGGUAAUGGGCUUCUCAUGCCUUUAAAAAUUAUUCCCAAGAAUUGCUUACUUAGUUCAAAAGCAGACUGUUUCUUCUCAUUUCAUCUUCAAGUCAGACUUUUGGGCAAGAUGUUCUUUACAGUGAGCAGAUUUAACAGACCUGAAACAUUUCUUCAAAAGGCAUCUCUGGUACUAUGAAAACACCAUUCCCUCCAGGUGGCUACCAGUCUGCACUAAACAUAAAUUUCUGCUGCUAAUCAGUUUCUCUUUUGAACUGGUUCCUGAGGUCUUCAAACCUGUGUAAUGAAAUUAUUUAUUAUUUUAUUAAACAGUGGUCCCAGAGAGGAAUCAUAAAUAAAGUCGAAAUCUGGUGCUGUGAUGAAGUAAUAACUAGCAUUAAAUCUGGUUUUCUUUUCAGAAAGUCUAAUGCAUCUAUAACAAAGGCUAAAGCAAUUCAUAUUUAAUUUGCAUUCUGAUGUUAAUUUAAAAACAGCAAUUCUAACAAAAAUGCAUCAAUUGAGUAUUUCUAAUUCUGCCAUCAAAAAACAAUUGUAUAAAUUUAUGACCAGUGUGUAUGGGGCAGGAGGAACCCAACUGUAUGAAUCUUCGCUUUGAAAGAAUUGUUAACCAAGUGAAAAUGAAUGAGACAGCACCUCAGUGAUUUUUGUUUUAAUAAUAAAAUGUUCUUUUCAACCAAA